AUGGCCAAAAGUCCGGAGGUGAAGCUGGCCGUCUUCGGCAGAGCAGGAGUGGGCAAGUCAGGCUGUCAGGGAAGGAAGGUGUCUCAUUUAGAGCUGACUCGACCCCUCAACAUGAUCCUGCUGCUCAGUUUGUUUUGUUCUCUGUGGGUAGAACCGGUUCUGAAUCUGGAAGAAGAUGAAGGUUUUACUUUUGAUGGAGACCUCCAGAAAUUCACCGUGAGCAACAACAACGUUUACGUCGCUACAGAAAAGAAGCUUUACCAGCUGAGCCACGACCUGAAACUGAUCUGCAGUUUGAACCAAAGGGGGGUCUUGAAGGACGCUGACCCAUCAGAUGAGAAGAAGUUUCACCGGGUCUCUGAAUCGGCUCCGUGGACCAGAACUCUCAGAGUUACCUUGUUGUUACCAUUUGUUGAGAAUAAGACUCUGGUCAGCUGCGGAGUGACUGACAAGGAGUGUGGUUACUGUGAAGUUCUGGACCUGAAGAACAUCUCUAACCUUCUGCACAGUGAAAACAUCCUGGUGGGACCAAAGAGGCGCAGCAACGCUUCUGUCGGUUUUCUGGUGGAUGUGAAGAAAGAUUCAACUCAGACAGACACUUAUAUUCUGACAGCGAUACAACAACACAGAGAAGAAUCAAGUAGCCAGUGCAGCUCAGAUUCAAAGACAGUCAACCUUCACUCUGUCGAUAACACACAGAGUGGAGGCUUAUUUUCUGUAACCGAUGACCGCAGCACAGCUGUAAUCAGAAGUGAAGGUGAUGUGGAAUUUGUGGACGGAUUUCAGAUCAAUUCAACGGUGUAUCUGCUCUCCAACGUGCGUCCAAGCGAUGAAAAGAUCGGGUCUCAAACCAAAGUCCGUCUUAUUUGGCUUGAGAGUGAAAAAAGUAAAACGCAGACUCUCAAAUCUCUGCAAGGCGCGACCCUCAGUAUCUCUGAAGGAGGUGGAAGCUGCAGACUCAUGGCCUCCUCCAUCAUCCCGGGUGGACAGCAGGUGCUUUGGAGCGGCGUGUUCAGUGUGGACGGAGAAGAAAGCAACACAGAGCUGGUGGUGUUUGACAUCAGCCCUGAUCGCAGCAGUGCGCAGCAGGGCGGUGCGUCUUAUAUAGAUCCAAACUUCUACAUAAACAAACCUGGAACCCCGUCAGAACCAAAGAUCCUGAAACCAAAUGCGGUGCUCUUCCAGCAGAACCACAUGACAUCUGUGCUGGCAGUGAGACAGAGGAGCUGGAUGGUCUUCUUCAUUGGAACAGGAGAUGGGCAGCUCAUCAAGCUUGUUGUGGACAGAAACUAUCACCCUGCCUGUCCCAGGUUGCUCUACAGAGCCAACAAUGAUCGCCAAGUGUUUCCCAACAUCCUUCUGGACCCAGUGGAUUAUAAAUAUGUGUAUGUGCCAUUUAGAAACCAGAUCAGGCGUGAACCUGUGGCAAACUGUGGCUCAUACAGAGACGUGCAGGAAUGUUGGUCUGCACAGGAUCCAUACUGUGUCUGGUGUGGCUCUAAGAAAAGCUGCACGUUUCAAAGUGACUGCAAAGAUUCAGACUGGUUAUCCAUCCCUGAUGAAUUACACCAGAAAAUUGUUUCCCACAAAGUUGAAAUGGACCCCACUGGACAGAUCAAACUUGUCGUCCAGACACACCUGGCUGGGAGCCCAGAUGUACUGUCAAUCUUUGUCUGUCAGUUCUCUUCACCCUCCAGGACUCUAGACCAGAUAUCCUCUCCUCCAAAGUUCCCACAAUGCACAAACAUUUUUCCUAAUGAGCCUCUUCCUGCAGACGGUCUGGCUGUCACAGUAAAGAUAAGACUUGGAACGACGACACUGACAGAAAAACUGAAUGUAAUCAACUGCUCUGAUAUUCGUGGACCACAGAGUCCUGUUAUGUGUCAGAAGUGUAUCAAGGCUGGAUGUGGAUGGAGCAACAAUGCCUGCUCCUGGGCCAACCAAGGCGUGCAGAAUGACAGUUUUUGCCAAAAGAUGGAGGCUGGGAUGAACUUUUCUAGGCCAGAAAUCUCCUCCAUCGAACCCAGUGCUGUGUCUUUCUACGGCAGAAACCAUGCUUUGCUGUCAGGUCGUAACCUCCGUAGUGUGACUGGAGUGAGGAUCCAGGCGGACAUGGACUGCUCUCCACGGGAAUCUCCUGUUUGGAGCAACACUGGUGUGACUCUGACGUUCCACAUUCCCAGUACAGAUACUAAAGGCUUGGUCAAAGUGUGUCUUCUUCUCCCAGAUGGUAGCUGCCACAGUAAUGCUAUGAUCACCUACAAGUCUUCACCAGUCUGCACCAGCGUUACACCAAGCAGCUCAUGGAGGAGUGGGAAGAGGAAGAUGACACUCAGUGGGGCCCACCUGGAGUUUGUGGAGGGGGUCAUACACAGCCACAACCCUCAGAAAGUUGUUAUUCCCAGAAACAGCAGCUAUCAGUAUCUCAUCUAUGAAACACCUGCAGCUGUAAGCACUGUUUCCCACAGUACUUUGUCUGUGAAAGUAGCCAAUCAAACACUGGCCUGCUCUAGUAUUACUUACUAUCCAGACCCAGUGUUUACCAACUUCACAUCCGUGAGCAUAGGGGAUGAAGUCCGUGUCAUUAUACAGAAAGAGCCAGAUAAUCUGGAGAUAACAGCAGCAGAGCUCUCAGUUUGGGGUGUUCAUGAAGAAACACACCAUCCCUGUGUCGGCAUAGUCAAAGCCAAUAACAACAUUUUCACUUGCGAUAUCAAACAGGGAGGCAACACCACGUUUCAGCAGCUGCAGGACACCGCCGGCCAGCACUUGUUCCUCAUGGUGAGCGCUCUCACGCAGCAUAUCGCCAAAGGGUCGGUGGACAGUGUGACGGAGAAAGCUCUGUACACGCUCAGCGAGGACUGGCUGCUGUAG